AUGGAGCUGCAGGGUUACCGGUGCCGUAGCAACCGGUACAUCGAGAGCGGGCAGUCGGCGGUGCCCAGCUCGCUGCUGUUUGCCGCCGGGUUGUUGGGCAACGUGCUGGCAUUACUGCUGCUGGGACAGCACCGGCGACGUUCUCGGUCUCCCGGUGGUCGCCCACCGAGAGUCUCAGCUUUCUAUGUGCUGGUGAGCGGCCUGGCCGUCACUGACCUGCUGGGCAAGUGCCUGCUCAGCCCUAUCGUUCUGGCUGCCUAUGCCUACAACCGCAGCCUCAGUGAACUGGGACCGGGUGGACGCACCGAAGGUGAGCCUGGUGUCCUCUGCCAGCUCUUUGCGUUCCUCAUGGCCUUCUUUGGGCUCGCCCCCACCUUGCUGCUCCUUGCCAUGGCACUGGAAUGUUGGUUGUCCCUUGGACAUCCCUACUUCUACCGGCGGCACAUCACCCGGCGGCUGGGUGCCACUCUGGGGCCGGCGGCGGCAGGGCUUUGUGCCCUCUUCUGUGCCCUGCCACUGCUGGGCUUUGGGGUGCCCAUACAGUAUUGUCCUGGGACGUGGUGCUUCAUCCGUAUGGCGGGUGGCGGACCACGCCAGCUCGGCUUCCCCGUCCUCUACGCCACCUUGAUGGGUCUGUUGGUGCUGGCCAUCGGCGCCUGCAACGUGAGCAGCAUGCGGCACAUCUACAGCAUGGCUCGGCGGCAACCCCGCCGCGCCCCCCCCGCCGCCGCCGCUGCCCCGCGCAUGGAGGAGUUCGACCACCUUGUCCUGCUGGGGCUCAUGACAGUCCUCUUCACCAUCUGCUCCCUGCCGCUCAUCAUCCGGGCGUACAUGGGGGCCUUUGCCGCCGACUUCAACGAGAACGCCGACCUCAGCGCCCUGCGCUUCGUCUCAGUGAACUCCAUCGUGGACCCUUGGGUCUUCAUCAUCUUCCGCACCUCUGUCUUCCGCACCUUCAUCCGCAGGGUUUGCCGGAGGCUCCACUCCCGGAAAACCUCCCUGAAAGGGUCCAGCCUGCAGGGGAGCAACCAGUUCUGUCCCCUGGGUUGGCGCAGGACGGACACCCCGCAACUUGGCUUUCCCUGA